AAUUACCAAGCAAGACAAAAUUUUCAUAAUUUUAAUUAUAUUAUAGUCAGGAUACACUGGUUCAAGUUGUGCGUUGUUUGACAUUGUUAAUACAUUAUUUUUUCGCACAAAAGAUACAACUCCAACCCCAUACUAUUAUAUUGAUUUUUUUUUACCAAUAUAAAUCCUUAAUUGGAGUUAUAUUGAAUUUGAAUUCUCCUCCGAAAGCAAAUCCUUAACCGUACCCAAAAAAAAAAUCAAAAAGAAAAUCCUUAAACAAGCUCGCAAAUAUUAAUCACGACGACUUAUAUAGUGCAUGACAGCUACAUUAUUUGGCCUAGCACAAUGUAAGGAUCAUCCAGCUGUCUCACCAUACGUAUGGCUGUGAUUUAUCAUCCAGUAUUCCUAUUGUACCUCCAAACUGGGGACGAUCCCAGACGGUCACCCAGCCAAUGCCAAUUCAAUUAAGAGCAACGAUAAGACGCCACACCAGCUGAGUGACUUUUUGUGUGACUUUUCUUGGGUUGCUUUUUAAACAUUUUCCUUUCCAAACUGCGACACCAUUCCCUCGUUUUGGUUUAACGUGCAGACAAGCACCCCACCCGUGACCCAUGUUAGCUUCCGUUUAUGCCUCUCUCACACAACCCUCCACCCACAUCCCUCCCACCCCAAACCUUUCCUACCUUCCUCCCAUUCCCAACCCCCUCUUUUCCCUGACCUUUGUCCACUUCUCACCACACAACGCAUCAAGAAUCUUUCUUUCCCCGCUUCUUUCUCCUCCUCUCCUUAUAUCACCACAACCAAACGGGUGAGCAGCGAGGAAAGCAUGAGAAGUUUAUGGUUUCUGAUUGCCAUCUUACUUCACCAAUCUCUCUCCGCUCAGUCUAAACUCCCAACGCCGCCGCUGCCGCUCCUUCCGAUCCCCGCCGCGGCGCAGCUGAAAUGGCACCGCCGGGAGCUCGUGAUGUUCUUCCACUUCGGCAUGAACACCUUCACGAACUCCGAGUGGGGGACCGGCGAGGAGAGCCCGUCGCUCUUCAACCCCACCGCACUCAAUGCAAAACAGUGGAUCGAUGCCGCCGCCUGCGCAGGCUUCUCCCUCGUCAUCCUCACCGCCAAGCACCACGACGGCUUCUGCCUCUGGCCUUCGCAGUACACCGCCCAUUCCGUCCAGCGGAGCCCGUGGAGAGGAGGGAAAGGCGACGUCGUCAGAGAGUUCGUGGAUGCUGCUCGUGCCCGAGGGAUCGAUGCCGGGCUAUAUCUCUCGCCGUGGGAUCGCCAUGAGAAGUCCUACGGUCUUGAGAUUGAGUACAAUGAGUUCUACAUGGCCCAGCUCCAAGAGCUGCUCACUAGAUAUGGGAGCAUAUCGGAGAUAUGGUUCGACGGCGCCAAGGGAAAGAAUGCGAAGAACAUGACGUACUACUUCGAGGAUUGGUUUGCAAUGGCGAAGCAGCUGCAAAGCUCCAUCAACAUAUUCUCCGAUGCCGGUCCCGACGUCAGGUGGGUCGGCGACGAGAAGGGGUUUGCAGGAACUACAUGCUGGUCCACCAUUAACCGCACCAUGCUGAAGAUUGGAGAUGCCAGUAUAGUCAAGUAUCUGAACGUCGGUGAUGCACGAGGAACCGACUGGGUGCCGCCGGAGUGCGACGUUUCGAUUCGGCCGGGCUGGUUCUGGCACAAGAAUGAGACUGCAAAACCAUUGAGCCAGCUGCUAGAUAUAUACUACAAAUCGGUAGGCCGGAACUGUGUUCUUCUACUCAACGUGCCACCGAAUUCCACCGGCCUGGUCUCCGACGCCGACAUCGAAAGGCUAAGAGAAUUCCGUUCAGCAAUCAACACCAUCUUUUCGACGGAUUUAGCCCAAGGAAGCAAAGCAAAAGCCAGCAGCCAGAGAGGCGGCAGCUUCGCAGCGAUGAACGUGGUCGAUGGCGAUGACCAGACCUACUGGGCUCCGAAGGAGGACAAGGAUGGGAAUGGAUAUUGGAUUGAAUUGGAGAGAUGGGAUCCAAGUGCGAGCUUCAAUGUGGUCAGGAUUCAGGAGGCUAUUGCAAUGGGGCAGAGGAUAAAGCGGCACGAGGUGUAUGCCGAUGGGAAGCUGGUGGCGAGCGGGACGACGGUGGGGUACAAGCGGCUCCACCGGCUGAAGACGCCAGUUGAAGCCAGGAAGGUGAAGGUGUGGAUCAAGGAGUCACGGGGGGUGCCGCUGAUAUCGGCAGUGGGCCUGCACUUUGAUCCAUUUCAUAGAGUCUCCAUGAAGAAUAAUGAGACUUCAGUUUGAAUUCAUCUUUCACCAAAUCUUGUUGGACGAAUCUACUUUAAGAGAACAAAUUAAGAAAGAGAUUCUCUUCUUGUGAUA